UGCUGCCUUGACUCUGUUGCACUGUGGAUCCUGCCUGGCAGCUGGACACAUCUGAAGUUGUCUCAAGUCUAUAAAAGUUUAUACUUCUGAGCUGUUCGUGGUUUUGAAGAAAACUCAGCCAUGGCAGAACUGGGUUUUGUGAUCGCCAUGUCGGUGAUGACUCUGUUUUGGGGCAUAGUGGGAGGAGUAGUGCCCUGGUUCAUCCCCAAAGGACCAAACAGAGGAGUGAUAGUCACAAUGCUGGUGUUAACUGCUGUUUGCUGCUACCUGUUCUGGUUGAUAGCAAUUCUGGCCCAGCUGAACCCACUCUUUGGGCCUUCUUUGUCCGUUGACACCAUCUGGUACCUGAGAUAUCACUGGCCAUGAUUUACUCUUCCAGGACUCCUGACCUUGCAGGGGUAUGACCUGACACUGCUGCAUACCAAUGGACAUUUGCUUCUCACUUCAUGCAGAGAUCUUUCCCCUCUGAAAUGCCUUAAACUCUGUGUGUGAUCACAGAUGCCCACAUUGGUGCCUUGUACAAAAAAUGAUUCCCAAAGGACUUCCGAGAGAUCUCACUGAAUGUGCUUUACUUUAAAUUAAAGCAGCAUUUCCCUUGUUGUUUGGUUCAUGUGUUAUAAAUCGUGUGUAUUGCUGUUGUUAAUAUGAAUGACUGUGCCUUUAAAUAGCUGAUGUGUGGUGUGUUAGAUGUGAUCUCUAUUUGUCUGAUAAUAUUUGUGAUGGAUGUAAUCCAUUCGAUAGUUGCUGAUUAAUAAACUUAUUAUCACGACUCCAUAA